AUGUCAACCGUUCGAAAACCAGAACAAAUAAUAAUAAUUGAUGAUGACGCAGGAACAGAAUCUAAUGCUCAAAAGUCUAAUUCUAAUUCUAAUGUUUGUAAAGAGAAUUUGUCUCAUUUAACUCGUACUUUCACAACAAUGUUGGGAACUUUAUAUGGAAUGUCUUCGGAUGAUAUCAACAAAAUGAUGAAUUCGGAGAAAGGUUUGAUGACUGAAUUUCAUAAUACAAUCGAAACUUUGUCUGAAAUUUUCAAAGAUUCUUCCAAUAAAGAAAUACCGAAGACUCUUCAAAAUAAUAAUAAUAUGGACAUUAUUAAUACGUCUCAUAAUUUAGAGACACCACUGAAUGUUUCUUUGAAUAACGCAUCAAGUAAAGAAAUAUCAGUGAGUAGUAUUAAUAACGUUCCAUUAAAUAUGUUGAGAGAUGAGUCUUCAACCGUUAACGGUAUUUCUGCGAAUCCCCAGGUUACUUUGAUUAAAAAUGAGUUACCAAUAAAUUUUCAUCAAGAUAAUAAUUUAACCGGUUCUUCUAUUAAUGAAAAGGGAAAAUCCACUCAAUUAUCUGAAGUGUCACGAAUUGAAAAUCCUUCGAGUGGAAUUAAAAUUGGUGACAAUUGGGAAUUACCUAUUAUUGUGUUGGACAGUGACGAUGAAGACGAUGAUGCAACCAUUAUUGAGAUUGAUUCCGAUGAAGAAGAGAUUCAAGAAUUAAAGAAAAUGAUGUCUUUAGAUGAUAUUGAUUGUAUUGAAAUAGGAAAAGAUGAAUUUGAGAAGGCAAGAAAGGCCAAAGGAGAAACUACUGAAGACACUGAUGAUGAGAUUUUUAUUCCGAUUGUGCCUGAUGAUGGAAGCAUAUCUAGAAAAAGGCGACGUAAAAUUAAACCAACAAAAAUAGGUGAAGUAGAACAGAAAUCUUCUCGAAGAAAAAUUGCUGAAGAUGAUGAAAUUUUUGAUGAUCCUUCAGUAUGGAGAAAGGAUCUUCUCCCAUUUCCUUAUAUUACCAAUCAUGUUUUACGUGCUUGGGCAACGGGAUUUUUACAUUAUAGAAGUGAAUGGGAAAGGCUUGAAUAUCUUGGUGAUAAGGUCCUCAUGUUUUGUGUUUUGAGAUUCGCGACUGCUAAAUAUCUCCGAUUUUACACUCCCUCAGAUAUUAAAGUUGUAACCACUUUUUUGGUUUCAAACAAAUUGCUCGCUGCUUAUUCUUUGACACUUGGUCUUGAUAAAAAAAAUCAUAUGCAAGGUCAUGUUAUCAAUAAGAAAAUAGCUGAUGCCUUUGAAGCUUACAUUGGAGCAUAUUACUUGUCUGAUGGAGAAGAAGCAACGACGAGAUAUUUAGAACAGUUAAUGAGCCCAUUAUUUGAAUUGGUACUUUCAAAUAUACAAACUGGGCGUAAUCCGCACAAAAUCAUGAAAGUUAUAUCAAAUUAUUUUCAUAUGACAUUCUUGACAAGAAUACCGAAAUUAAAAUAA